AUGGAUCACUCCAGAGAUCCCUGUCCCUGGGUCGCCUUGUCCGACUUUGGCGGAGCGUUCUGUAUGGGUGCUUUGGGAGGUACAUUAUGGCACGGAAUCAAAGGAUUUAGGAAUUCACCCUACGGCGAACGACGGAUAGGCAUGAUAACAGCCAUCAAGGCUCGAGCGCCCGUCACAGGAGGCAACUUUGGUGUUUGGGGCGGCAUGUUCAGCACGUUCGAUUGCGCAGUCAAGGGCAUCCGCCAGAAGGAGGAUCCAUAUAACUCUAUCAUCGCCGGAUUCCUAACAGGCGGGUCGCUGGCGAUAAGAGGAGGUUACAAAGCGGCCCGAAACGGCGCCAUCAUGUGUGCCAUCUUCCUCGCUGUCAUCGAGGGCGUUGGUAUUGGUGUUCAACGAUUCAUGGCAGAGUCAACGAGACUAGAUAAUCAGGGCGUGUCGCAGCAUGACUGGAAAUGGCUACAGUGCCACAUUUCAUUUGAAACGACCAUCCCGGAUCAUUCUUGCUCCUGGAACUUCUACGGCAUUGGAGCUCUAUCUCGAUCCUUGCAAGAUUCUCUACUCUACCCCAAGAUCAUUUCGACUUCGUUAUAUUCUAACGUUGGAAGAAAGGCUUUUGCAACUGGCAUAGCGGGCGAAUGGACAUAA